AUGUCUUCGGCUGAUAUUGAAGUCAAAUGCUUCUCGCAAUGUGUUGCCGAUGGUAUAUAUGACCGAGUCGCUGAUGCCAUUAUGAGCCUUGAGAAGGAUGGCCUGGGCGAAGCAGAUUUUGGAAUUGAUUGGACCACGACCGUCCAAGAUAAUUACAGUGGGACCAAUUGGUCCUAUGUCAACACCAAGGAUGGUCGCCCAUUCAGAACGAAUAUUGUUGGGCAAAUCGCCACUUCAACAUGCGGCAUGAAGCAUUCCACGAAAGGCACUCACUUUACCAAAAAGAACAUACUGCUAAGCGAUUCAGACACAGUCAAAUGGAAGUGGGCUAUUUCCAAACCCACACUAAGCUCCCCGAACCUGAUAGACAUAUGGGAGAACCAAUUAACAUCAAUUGAGGACUGGGUUAGCGAGGAAAGCAAGAGAGCGGCGACAGGUUCAAAAAUAAAUGCAUGCAUCAAUAAGAGUGCCAGUGACCUCCAAUACACAGACCUCAUCAUGCUGACGUCGCAACACAUCUACGAGAAACCAGAAGGCAUCAAUGCCAACCAAGAUGCCACUCCUUGA